CAAGACCGUGCGUCAAUAUUUAUCUGAGUAAUGUAAUUUUUUAAUGAAAGGAGUAUGUUUGGCACAAAAUUGGCGAACACAUAUAAAAGGGCACAUACAUUCACUCUGUCACCCACAUAUUCUCAAUCCUUCCCAGUCCACGCUUACCCCCGCAGCAAAAGCUCACGAUCCAAUACACUUCGACGAUGGAGCCCGCCGAAGAAGAUCAUCAAGCCACGCCCACCUCCACCGUCAUGGCCGCGCUCGCCACCCUCUCUCCGCCCCAACUUUCCGCCCUCACUGGCUCCGUCCUCGCCGACCUACACCGCCACCACCGCCGCGUCUCCGCCCUUCUCUCCUCCCCCUCGCUCUUCUCCCUCGCCCUCCGCCAUCUCCUCUCCCUCCCACUCCCCCUCAAGUCCCUCCUCAUCGCCCGCCACCUCCUCUCCUCCCUCCGCCUCCUCACCCGCCACCUCCCCCUCCCCGCUCUUCCCUCCCACGCUCCGCCCGAGCGCCGCCGCGACCGCGACGCGGCGACCCUGCUCCUCCUCCUUUGUGAGCUCCGCCACCGCGACCCCCGUGCCCUCGAGGAUGCUGCCCCCUCCGGAUGGCGGUCCGUCCUGCAGCAGCAUUGCUCCAAGGACCUCCUCUCGAUCGCCGGGAUCGGUGCCUUCAGCGGCGGGAUCCUAGUCCCCUACGUGGAGAUGGUGGUCCGGUGCCGGACCUUCGUCCGAGCGGUCGAGCGCUGCCUGGAAGCCGGGGAGGGGAGGCCCCAGGUGGCGGCGUCGCCGGCAGCAGUGGUGGCGCUGCCGUCGGUGGAGGCGGCGGGAGGGGGGGAGUGCGCGGUCUGCAGGGAGGGGAUGGAGGGAGGGCGGGACGUGUGCGAGCUGCCGUGCCGGCACUCGUUCCACUGGAUGUGCAUAUUGCCGUGGGUGAGGAAGACGAACACGUGUCCGUGUUGCCGGUUCGAGCUCCCCACGGACGACGUGUUCGCAGAGAUCCGACGGCUCUGGGACGCCCUCACGAAGAUCGGAAGAAGUGGGUCCGACGACGCGAUGUCCACGUGGUCGCCCAGCGAUUGUCGCACGCAUGCGUUCGUAAGGUAGCCGGUUUCGCUUUCAGUACCCAGGGUCGGGUCGGGCUUAUCUCGUCGGAUCAAUUUUUGUGGUGGGCAAGAGAUGCUUUGUAGUUAGUGGUUAAGGUUUGUACACAGAGUACAGCGAAAAUUUGAUGACCCUAGAUGCAGAAAUAAAGGUCCGGAUAGGCCAAUAGGAGUAGAAUAGAUAUUUCG